CUCGGGUUUGUUGCUUAUAUUACCUUUAUAAAAUGUUACAUACGAAGUAGUAGACAUAUAUAGACUUGAAUCACCCCUCUUUAGUGUCUCUUAGAAGUGAAACUUUCUUCCUCUACUCUCUACUUCUUCCCUCCUUUCUCUCUCUAUUCGGAGUUAAGUUGAGUUGUACCAGUAGACAAGAAUCAAUACUACCUUGCAGGUAACACUGACGGUACCAACCAGCAUAUAUUGAUCUUACAGCCUGUCUCUCCCAUCGGCCUCCAAAUCAGCAGCUUUCUUAUAAAGAUAGUUGGAUCACCCAAGCGUUUGCCCAGCUUCCCAGCUUUGAACAAACACUAGCAAGACAACACCCAUCCUAUUUUGUUCGCCAUGGGGAAGUUUUUUGGCCUCCGUGGCGACUGGCUCAAUUAUGCCAUAGGUAUCAUCGCAGGAUGCGAUUUCCUGCUUUUUGGAUACGAUCAGGGUGUAAUGGGUGGAAUUCUCACCAUGCAUCAGUUUCUUGAAGAUUUUCCAGAAAUAAACCCAAACGGCGCUCCGAAAUUUUCCGCUGAGGCAGCGAGGCGAUCCACUAACCAGGGAAUCUCCGUUGCUGCGUAUAAUUUGGGAUGCUUUCUCGGUGCUGUCACCACCAUUUUCGUAUCCAAUCCUCUCGGUCGAAAGAAAAUGAUCAUGUUAGGUACAUCCAUCAUGGUUGUCGGUGCUAUCUUGCAGGCCAGUGCUACAACCCUCCCUCACUUCAUCGUCGGCCGUAUUAUCACCGGUUUCGGAAACGGAGGCAACACUUCAACUAUUCCUACCUGGCAGUCUGAGACCUCGCGUUCCCAUAAACGAGGCAAGCUAGUCAUGAUAGAAGGCGCUCUAAUCACUUGCGGUAUCAUGAUCAGUUAUUGGAUAGACCUGGGCUUUAGUUUCAUCGAAGGCAGCAUCGCCUGGAGAUUCCCGCUAGCCUUCCAGAUUGUAUUUUGCUUGUUCAUUCUAUCUUUCAUUUGGAACAUGCCAGAAUCCCCAAGAUGGCUGAUUCUGAAGAACCGCGAAGAAGAGGCCUUAGAAAUUCUGGCUGCAUUAGCCGAUGCCUCUCCCGACGACAAGGAAGUGAAAAACGAGUUCACGGCCAUUAAAGAAACCGUCCUCGAAAUGUCCAAGGGCACUUUCCACGACCUAUUCACCAUGGAUAAGGACAGGAACUUCCACCGGACCUUACUUGCUUUUGUCAAUCAAAUGUAUCAACAAAUUAGUGGAAUAAACCUGAUCUCAUACUUCGCACCAGUAAUUUUCAGUAAUCUCGGUAUGAGCGACUUCAUGGCUCGGCUCCUCGCUGCCAUCAACGGAACGGAAUAUUUCCUCGCUUCGUGGCCAGCUGUGUUCCUGGUUGAGCGCGUCGGCCGCCGAAAGCUUAUGCUCUUCGGGGCUGCUGGCCAGUCCAUGAGUAUGGCCAUUCUAGCGGGCGUGAACUCCAGACCGGACAGUACGAGUGCGCAAGCCGCUGCUGUUGCCUUCUUAUUUGUUUUUAACACAUUUUUCGCCAUUGGUUGGCUAGGAAUGACUUGGCUAUACCCCGCCGAAAUCACGACUCUCCGGACCCGCGCGCCGGCGAACGCGCUGUCGACGUCGUCGAACUGGAUAUUUAACUUCUUGGUGGUGAUGAUUACGCCGAUAGCGUUCAACAACAUCGGGUACCAGACGUACAUCAUCUUCGCGGUGACCAACGCGUUCAUCGUACCGACGGUGUACUUCUUCUUCCCGGAGACGGCGUACCGGUCCCUCGAGGAGAUGGACGCCAUCUUCCACAAGGUGCACGGCGGCAAGGGCUACUUCACUGUCGUCAAGGUCGCCGAACAAGAGCCCCGCCGCUACGGCAAGAACGGUGAGCUGCUCAUCGCUUACGAGGAGACCGAGGAGCACAAGGCUCAUGCUCCACACCCCGAGAACGGCAGCGGGGUUGCGUCUAUCAACGACACGGAAAAGGCCCAGGGAGGCACUUUUAUUGAGAAUAGCUCUGGUCAAUAGGAGUUGUUUACACGCUCAUGAGUUUUAGGUCGAGAAAAGGAUUGGAUUGGAUUGAUGGGAUGGGAAACUCGUAUAUAAGCCAUAUAAAGAUACGUGUAAAGCGGAUUAUCAUAAAUGGAUUUUUUUAUAGAUAUUCGAUGUUUAAAAUCUAUUCAAAUUAUACCAUGUUCAGUACUUCUAUUCGCAUACAAAUCGCGG